AUGCAUUUAAAACAAAAAGCAAACAGCUUUGGUUUCCUGCUUCUUUACAUAGUCACAACCUUACUGUCAGCUGGGAGGUGUGAGUCUACAUCUCAGCCCCUCCAACCAGCCGCUCAUGAGGCCUCGUCCAGGAAUCUCCACCCAACGCCUACAAACGCCGUCCAGAGGAGGAAGAACAGAGCAGGAGGAACUGGACCAGAGCUGAGGCUCAAACCCAGGAUGGUGGCGAGUGGCUUCAGACCUCGCUUCAAACGGAGACCGAGCGAGAAAGAAAAGCUGCUCAGCUCACCCAGACUUCCUGCUGGAAACUGUAGCAGAGGGAUCAUCAGACAUGUGUUCCCGGGAAAGUUCUACACCACCGGUCAGAUUGAGCCGAACCUCAAACAUCUUCUUCAUCAGGUGGAUUCAGCCCUGGGUCGGGGAGGCCAGGCGAGGAGCAGCGGUCAGCAGUCCAGCGGUGCGAACGAGAGCUGGCAGAAGCUGGAGCCUACGGUGGAGUGUGGAGACGACUCCAUGCUGCUGACGGUCAGGAGGAAACGAGCCAUGCAGCUGCUGCUGGACCGAGGGAAUGAGUCGUCGCUGCUGCUGUUCCAGCUUCCCCCUCGGUGUGGUUACUCUGUUCAAUCCACAGUGAGGGACUUCAGUCUGAGGGCUCAGUACGACGCCUGCCACGUGGCUCUACAGGGGGGCAGCCAUGUUUUGCCGCUCCUUUGGCGGGGGAUUCCAGUCAAGGUGUCCUGUCCCGAGUCUCAGAUCAGACUUCCAGGAGAGAGGCCGACCUCCCUCUGCUGCUUUCCGAACGGGAUGACUUUCAGGCUUUCAGACCUGUCUGCUGAGGAGUCGCGUGUAAAUGUGAGAGGAGAAUGGACACCUUUAUCCCUGUUGGCCAAGCGGUGUGGCUACACCCUCCACAGACGAGAUGCCGCUGUGAUCAUCGCAGCCCCGUUUGUUACCUGUGGAGUCUCGCUGAAGGAUGGAAAACACACACUUUAUCUUCGAAUGGGAAGGAAAACCUAUUCAUUGGCCUGUCCUGUCCGUCCCCUUGAGGAACUUCCUGUUACCCGACAGUCUCUCGCUGAUGGGCCUCCUGACCUCACAACGAGAGCCGUAAAACCGAACCUCGAGUCUUUGAGUCCUUUACUCUGGAUCCCACCUUUCUACUUGGCUCCCCCCAACUACCCCCACCCUACAUAUCCAAACGUUGUCCUGUACGGCUCCCCUAAUCCUCCACCUUCGGCGCAGGAGUCUGCUCUUGGCGCCCAGCAAAAGCACAGCGAUGACAUCUACCACCAGAUUCCUCUGAUGGAGGCGUACCUUUCAGCUCAACACCAAGCGAAGGAUUCGGGUCCGUUGGAGCAGAAUAAACGUCAGCAUCCCGAAGUUCCCGUUUUGGAUCUCUUUGAUAAAGGUGCUGAUGCUACACGCGUUCCUGUACAGGUGGAAACUCCUCGCCCCCCUCCUCCAGGCCAUGAUUUCAGCUCCUACUACCACUACUACCACCUCCCAAAGAUUCCCCUUCCUGUAACGCCUCAGAAAUCCAAACCAGGUCCAGGAGCGUCCGGAGAGUUCUCAACAAACUCUCGGAAACCUGAAACUCCAUCAGCGCUCCCUAAAACCAAACAGUCUGACACGGGUCCUCUUCCUGUUACUAUGCCAUCUCCACACACGGUCCCAACACGUUCCCAGGUGUCUGCGCAGUACGCUCCCUACCCUCUACAGCCUUUUCCGUACUUCUAUUACUACUUCCCACAUAUUUCUAAGGGCGAGGUGAAACGGUUGGGUCUUUAUUAUCCGGACUUGGCCACAAAAACAAACCUGUCCCUUGUCCUUUCCACUAAGUCGUCGGAACGCUCCGGCUAUGAUGAACACAAAGUAAAUCCAUCUUCAAACGAGCUGAACGUGGAUAAAACGGACUCACUGGUACAGGCUGGCGGUGAAAGACGAGCCGCUGCGGUGACUCUUGCGGUGCAGUUUCCAUUCUCAAAGCGUCGCUCCCUCCAACCAGCUCCUCUUGCUGUUCCUCCUCCUGAACAUGUCCUCCCAACUCCUGGUUUCACCUACAACGCUGAUCCCUACAAGUACUACUACCAUCCUUACUACAACUACUAUCUGAAGUACUACACACCCAAGGCUUCACAUGAAACAUCCAAACAUGGGGCUCAAAGUGCAACCACAGCUGCAGCACCUUCUGGUCACAAACCCCGAACCACCUCUCCACCCUCAGAGCAUCAUCUACAGGACCAGCGUUAUCUCUAUUACUACUAUCUCUACUACCUGCCUCACAUGCUCAAGUACAAGCAGAAGCUACUACAUGGAGGCGGUGAAGACACUUCUCAGCUCUCCUCCGGUCUUGAUAAGCAGCCAUCUGCUCCAGCUGCAGAGGCAGGGUGGUCUGGUGACCCCCCUCCAAUACACGGCCUUCUCAGUCCAUCUAAAGCCGCAGGACAACACGGUGGAAAUGGAGGGAAGCUGGAUAAAAAGAUGCAAGACACACAAGGGCAGUAUUUGGUCUUUGCUGUGCCUCGCUCUGUGGCGAAUCCCUCAGUGGAUCCUCCUGACAACAGCAAACAUCCAUGCGUGCUGCAGAAGGUCAGCUCUCCUGACCUCCACUUUCCUCAGGAUGGCUGUGACCCAGACCAUCAUGAGUUUGGUCAGAGGAUCCAGUCCCACGAGGACAUCGGUUCUUCUCCUGGCAGGUUUCUGGUGGGGUGUAGUUCCCCUCACUCUUCAGGUGAAGUCCAGUUCCUUCUGAUGGACCAACGUCCUCCUGCUCCACCGACACCAGCUGCUGCCACUGUGCUCAUGAGAAUCACAGCAGAUGAGUCAUUCAGCAGCUUCUACCCAGAAGCUCACCUUCCCCUCAGCCUGAUCCAGGGUAGACCCUUUUUCGUGGAGCUGAGACUGGAGCAGCCCCCUGAGCCGAACGCCGUGCUGCUGGUCCACUCCUGCCUGGCCUACACUCAGACUCCGGAGCUCAGCUGGGUGGUGUUUUACGACAGUUGCAGCAGCGGAGGAUUUUCACAGCUGCUUCCUUCCUCGGACUCGAAGUACAUCCAGAGGAUUAAAAUUCCCAGCUUCCCCUCCCUCCCUGUAGAAGGUUCAGCAUACAGGUUUCAUGGAGGAUACCUGACCCUGGAGGAUCCAGAGGUUCACUUUUUAUGCCUGACAGAAAUAUGCUCAACUGCUCACGGAGACUGCAGCAGGUGCAACAAAGGUCCAAACAGCAAGUGACCGAAUAAAGACUUUAAAAACUGCAA